CGAUAACUAGGCCCAUUUAGAAACAACCCAAAUGGACCGACAAAGUUUACUCGAAGCCUUUUUACCAACCCUAAAGUAAUCUCACUAAAUUACACAUCCCCUCCGUUAUAAAUAGUAAGUCGCACUCAGUCAUGUUGCAUACACAAUCCACAUCCCAAAACAGCAAAAACAGCGUCGUUUUAAAGAAUGAGUAAAUCAGGAAGCUCCAGCGGAAACAAGAACCAGGGAAGCUCCGGGAGCGGUGUGCCGAACAACUCUCCUCCACCUAUCUCGAGGAACCGUUUCCUGAAAAGCGGUAACCAGGCGGUGUACGAGGUGAUAGAGACGAAAGAUAGCGUGAUCUACAGGGUAGACUUGCCUGGUUGUCCCGCCUCUGACCUCACGUACUGGGUCGACGGCAACAACGUUCAUUUCUUCGCCGACGAACCUCACUACAAGAAAAAGUUCCAAAUAGCGACGGUAACAUUUAUGGGUAUCUUGUCGGAAUUGGUUAAGUCCGAUGUGUUUCCGAGAAACCACAAGAUGUCGGAGUUUGGGUCUCGGAAACGAGUAGUCAUCGGUCAAUUGUCGGACAUAACCGAGAAGAUCAUUUGUCGGAAAUUUUGUCGGGACUGGUUCUCGGUAAUUACCGAUGCUUUUCUGAGGUGAAAAAUUUGUCGGUCAAAUCCAUAGUUCUCGGUAAUUUCCGAUGGUUCGCUGAGGUUACAAAGUUGUCGGUUAUGCGGUCGGUAAGUAAUCGGUUUAGUUUCUCGGAAAUAGGUGGGUCGGUGUCAUUGCCGGAAAUAACAGAGGUGUGACGGAGAGUGAAGACAUCGGAAAUAAUAGUUUUUGAUUGUCUGGAAAAAUAUGGCCAAAUUAUAACAUUUAUUUGAAAAUGAAAGACGAUGCAUUGGUUUACCAAACAGGUUUACAAAAUUGGUAUACCAAAUCGGUUUACAAUAUUGAUUUACAAACUCGUUUACAAAAUCUAAAAAAAACUCUAAACCAAAAAAAAUCCUCAGCCGCACAUCGUCUUAUCAUCGGCGAAGGCGGAGGUGAGCUUCCGAUCUUGAGAAGAGGCGAGCAGAGACAAGUCGAGCUGAGGCUAGUCGAGCUAUGGCGAGUCGAGGUGAGGUGAGACGAGUCAAGUCGAGCAGAGGCAAGAUGUCUUACGCAGAUCCGGUCGUCGCCACCAAUGAGCUUGUCGUCGUCUUCCUCAGAACCGAUGACCGUAGAGGAUAAUCCGGCCACAUAUGAGCUUGUCAUUGCUUUUGGUUCAACGUGUUUCACUAUUAAGAGAGAAGAGAAAAUGGAAAGGAGAACGAUGAAAAAGAAAGAGAUAUGUGAGAGGAGAGAAAUAAACCCAAAAGAUCUAAUCUUGACCCUUCAUCAUAAUAUUAAAUGUAAUAGUUGAGAUUAUCAAUCUACGCCACACUUUCUUAUUGGUUAAGAAAGAGAGGUGGGCAGGAAAAAAGAAUUAAAAAAAUCUGUGUUUUUGUUGUCCAUUUUUAUUGUUGUUUAGUUUUUAUUAAUGUCU